CUGGAGACGUUCACACCUGUCAGCUGUUGCUAAAAAUUUGGUUUGCAAUACAAAACUAAAAAAAAUGGUUUUGUCCGCAGAGGAGCAGGAGUUCAUCAAGCGCAAGCAUGAAGCGACGCUAAAGGUCCGCCAGGAGUUCCUCAAGCAGAGCUCGAAUCCCUACCGCCAUGCCACCGGCGAGGGCGGCACCGUGUUCGAUGCGGGAUUGGCCCGUUUCCAGGCGAUGCGCGUCUCCAACUAUGAACACUUCAAGCCCACUGGCAAAUCCUUCCGCACGGGCCUGUUCGCCGUCGUCCUGCCGAUUGCCCUCUACGCCUGGGCUCUGAAGGCGGAGCGCGAUGGACGCGAGGAGAAGUACAGGACUGGCCAGGUGGCCUACAAGGAUCGCCAGUUCAAGUUCAUCUAAGCCAUACAUUCAGCAAUUGAUCUUCGAUUCGUAUAGUGGAAUUAAAACAAAACCGUAAUGAA